CAAAUUAGAAUAAUUAAAUUUUGUGUGACAUAGAUAUAUAGAUAUGUCGAUAAAAUUAGAGGUUUUAACAAUAUUGUUACAUCGAUGUAAUUAUUAUAACAAAAACAUGACAAACAAAUAUUGUAGUUACCAAAGAUAGCACAUUGGCACUUUCUGUUUUUAUUUUCUCAUCUAGUUUUAUUAUAUAUAGUUUAUAUUAUGUUAUUGUUGGUGAAGAAAUAGUGACUAACAAAAUAUGGUUGCACUACAAAUGUUGUCAACUUUUUUGGUUGUUGUUGUUGCUAAUUUUCAUGUGUGUUUUGCAUCAACUCCUAUUUCUGUGUCUCCUUCACCUUUGUCUGGUACAAUGCCACCCUUAAUCAAGCCUCUACUCCCGUCGCGCUUUGCACCAUCUGAGAUGCCUCCAUUUCCAGGCGCUAGACCACCUUCUGUUCCAGGCUCGUCUAGUUCACCGUCCUUACCUCUAAUUCCAGGCUUACCUAUACCAUCACUGCCUCCAUUUCCAAGCACUAGUCCAUCGUCCCUGCCUUCAGUUCCAGGCUUACCUAUACCAUUUCCAGGAUCACCUGCUUCACCAUCCUCGCCUCUAAUUUCAGGCUUACCUAUACCAUUAGUGCCUUCAUUUCCAGGAUCACCGUCCUCACCUCUAAUUCCAGGCUUGCCUAUACCAUUAGUGCCUUCAUUUCCAGGAUCACCUAGUUCACCAUCCUCGCCUCUAAUUCCAGGCUUACCUAUACCAUUAGUGCCUUCAUUUCCGGGAUCACCUAGUUCACCAUCCCCGCCUCUAAUUCCAGGCUUACCUAUACCAUUAGUGCCUUCAUUUCCAGGAUCACCGUGCUCACCUCUAAUUCCAGGCUUGCCUAUACCAUCACCGCCUCCAUUUCCAAGCGCUAGUCCAUCAUCCCCGCCUCUAAUUCCGGGAUCGCAUACUUCACGGUCCUCGCCUCUAAUUCCAGGCUUUCCUAUACCAUCAAUACCUCCAUUCCCAAGUACUAGUCCAACAUCCCCACCUCUAGUUCCAGGCUUACCUAUACCAUUCGUGCCUUCAUUUCCAGGCUCGCCUAGUUCACCGUCCUCACCACUAAUUCCGGGUUUGCCUAUACCAUCACUACCUCCAUUUCCAAGCACUAGUCCAUCGUCUCCGCCUCUAGUUCCAGGAUUCCCUAUACCAAUUGUGCCUUCAUUUCCAGGAUCUCCUAGUUCACCGUCCUCACCUCUAAUUCCGGGCUUGCCUAUACCAUCACUUCCUCCAUUUCCAAGCACUAGUCCGUCAUCCCCACCUCUAGUUCCGGGCUUCCCUACACCACCUGAGCCUGCAUUUCCAGGAUUACCUAGUUCACCAUCCUCACCUCUAAUUCCAAGCUUGCCUAUACCGUUAUUGCCUCAAUUUCCAAGCACUAGUCCACCAUUACCACCUUCCAAUCCGAUCUUCCUUGUACCAUCUAUGCCUCCAUUUCCAGCCAUCAGUCCACCGUACAUACCUGUAACACCCCCCUCUGUUUCUGUUCCCUAUUUCAGUCCACCCUCACCAUCCAAGCCUUUAUUUCCCAUCUUUAGUCCACCAAUGAUGCCUCCAACUCCAGCUCCAGCUCCUUUUCCACUAUCUAUGCCUCCAAUCCCUGCCUCAAUACCAUAUCCCGAUACACCUGCUCCUGCUCCUGGACCAGCGCCUCCGCUUUCUGGCAUCAAAGGUGCAUAUUGGCCUUCGUGGGUAGCUGAAAAAGCUACUCCAUCAAGCAUCCCUACUGCUUAUUUCACCCACAUUUUCUAUGCGUUUGUUGUGCCUGAUAAUACAUCAUUCCAAUUGCUCAUAAGCCAAGUUGACGAGCAAACAAUGAUAAACUUCACAUCCGCCAUCCAUUCCCAUAGCCCUGCAACAAAGGCCAUGCUAUCGAUAGGAGGAGAUACAGGUUCUCCAGUACUCCCUAGUAUGAUGAGUUGCCAAGAUAAUCGUGCUGCAUUCAUCAAAUCAACUAUCAAAGUAUCCAGAAAUUACGGCUUUGAUGGCCUUGAUCUUGAUUGGGAAUUCCCUAUCAAAUCAGAAGACAUGCUCAAUCUAGCAUUGCUCCUCAAAGAAUGGCGCCUCGCCAUCAACAUAGAGUCACUAGCUUCCUCUAAGCCUGCACUAAUCUUGUCUGCUGCUGUUUACUUCUCUCCAAACCUUCUCUUAUCGGGGAUAACUUAUCCCACAGAAGUUCUAAGCAACUAUCUUGAUUUCUUGAGCCCUAUGUGCUAUAACUACCAAGGUUCUUGGGACACUUCAGCAACUGGUGCUCCAGCCUUGUUGUAUGAUAAGUCUAGCAAUAUUAGCACGAGCUACGGAAUUUCAGCCUGGAAACAAAAUGGGGUUCCUUCAACAAAGUUAGUCAUGGGAAUUCCCUUAUAUGGAAAUACAUGGGAAUUGAAGGAUCCAAAUGAUCACGGAAUCGGAGCUCCUGCAGUAGGAGUUGGUCCUGGAAGUCACGGAGAAAUGUCGUAUGAUGAUAUAGUAACAUUCAAUUCAGAAAACAAUGCAUCUAUAGUAUACAAUAAUGAAACAGUUUCAACAUAUUCAUAUUCUGGAACAAAUUGGAUUGGAUAUGACGAUACGAACUCCAUCAGAGCCAAGAUCAAGUAUGCUAAGGCUCAGGGUCUUGGUGGUUACUUUUUUUGGGCACUUGGCUCUGACAGCAACUGGACUCUUUCAAGAACAGCUUCUAUGGCAUGGGAUCAUGAUCAAAGCUGA